GAGAGGGAGAGAGAGAGAGAGAGAGAGAGAGAGAGAGAGAGAGAGAGAGAGAGAGAGAGAGAGAGAACAGAUAGACAGAGAAACAGAGGAAGAGAGAGAGAGAGAGAGAGAGAGAGAGAGAGAGAGAGAGAGAGAGAGAGAGAGAGAGAGAGAGAGAGAGAGAGAGAGAGAGAGAGAGAGAGAGAGAGAGAGAGAGAGAGAGAGAGAAGAGAGAGAGAGAGAGGAGAGGAGAGGAGAGAGGAGGAGAGGAGAGGG